AUGUCGAGUUACGAAAAGAGGCUCGAGUACAGGGGUCCAGCAGACGAGAUAGUCGAGCCCGAGGGUCUGUCCACGAGUCGGUCGCGAGACCUCGUCGGCGGUGCCCCUGCUGGCUACCAUGAUCGCGACGUCUUUGGUAACGAGGAGGAUGCGGAUAUCAAAUAUAAGACACUGUCGUGGCCCCUCGUCGCCGUCCUCAUGAUUGCUGAAAUAGUCAGUAAUGGCAUGCUCUCAUUGCCAGCAGCGACGGCGGUGGUUGGCAUCGUUCCUGGCGUCGUCCUGAUUGUCUUCCUUGGGGUCUUUGCAUUGUACACCUCUCUCGUGCUGAUCGACUUCAAAAUCAAUCAUCCAGAAGUUCACAACAUGGGUGAUGCCGGUAGGAUCCUGGGAGGCCCCUUACUGCGGGAAAUCCUCGCCGCCGGCACAGUCAUCUUUGCCGUUUUUGCAACAGGGUCACAGCUACUUGCCGGGCAAAUUGCUCUGGGUGUUUUGUCGGACAACAAACUCUGUCUGAUGUGGUAUACUGGAAUCUUUGCAAUCCCAACCCUCAUACUCUCCUUUCCUCGAACCCUGGACCAGCUCUCCUGGCUCUGCAUUCCCUCAUGCAUCUGCAUUCUGGUCGCCGGCGUUGUAGGUAUGGCGGCCGCUGGGGCUAAUCCCGCUCCCGAUCGACACGUUGAUGUCGCUCGCUCUGCGAGUUUCUAUAACGCCUUUGUGUCUAUCACGAAUCCCGUGUUCGCGUACGCGGGACAUUUUAUGUUUUUCAUCCUCAUCUCAGAGAUGAAACGCCCCGCCGAUGCCAAAAAGGCGGCGUGGGUGUUGCAGGUUUUUGCCACCGCAUUCUAUACUGUCUUCGCCGUUGUCAUGUACGUAUAUUUAGGGCCCUCGGUCCAGUCGCCGGCGUUUUCGUCUCUGCCCACCAAAUGGGCGAAAGCCACGUACGGAAUUGCUCUCCCCAACUUCCUCAUCGCUGGUUCGUUGUAUUCCCAUACCGCUGCCAAAUUAUUCCUUAUUCGAUUUUUCCGCAAAUCUCGCCAUCAUCUGCACAAACAUACCAUCCUAGGCUGGAGCACCUGGACCAUCCUCAUCAUCCUUGCCAACGGGGCUGCGUUUGUUUUAGCUGUGGGUGUGCCUAUAUUCGCCUACCUCGUAAGUAUCGCGGCAAGUCUGUUCGCGAGCUGGUAUACAUACGGGAUCGCAGGGGCAUUUUGGUUGUAUGAUGCUUAUCACGGGAUGGACAAGGGUAGAGUGAGAGGUGUUUAUGGUAUGAGAGCAUGGACUGGGAGUCCCAUCAAGACAGUCGUCAACCUGGCCACGUUUGCUGCGGGAGCCUUCAUUUGCGUUGCCGGAACCUACGUGUCAAUCAAACUCAUCGUCGACGCGUACAAGAGCGGCACCGUUGGAGCGCCUUUUGCCUGCUAA